GGUCGACGCCGCGGCGCAGCCUGAAACCAGCUACACCUGGGCUGCAGACGUGCUUUCGCUUUGUCCUCGGCCCGGUGCUCGACGGCGCUCACACCGCCGCCUCCGCCUCCGCCACCGCCGUGUCGGUUCGCGUCGCCGCGCCUACCUCGUACCGCGCAUGCUCUCCCCGCUUUUCUUGCGUCCUACUACGUCACUGUUUAAAAUUCUAUACAGAUGUAAUUAACGGCCAUCAAGCAGGAUAUUAGACGCAGUCAAUAAUCUUCUUUUGAUUAGAGCUGUCACUUUAUCAACGGAGAGUCCGUGCUCUUUAUCCACACGAGCCACCCGGUUAGAGGAGCACUCGGAAAGGGAGCGAGGCAGAGCCGGUAUCGAUCUGAGCGUUUCGUGUGGCCGCUCGUGCACGACGUUUCUCGGGAUAUUCGCCUAGCGGUCGCCGUCGGCGCCGGCCUUGUAAACAGUGCAUUACGCGCCGCGUUUACCUAUUCCAUCCGCGCGAUCAUGAACGCCGAAGCUAAUUAAUAUCGCGGUGGACGCAUCUGAAGAGUGUCUAACUCACAUUUGACUUCAUUCUUGAUUGAUCUCCAAAAAGCGGACUUUAUAAGAAAGCAAGAUGGGCUGUUUCGUCAGCAAAGAUAAACUCACCAAGGAAGACAUGGACUUCCUCAAAACGCACACAUCUUACGAUGAGACUACCAUCAAGGAGUGGUACAAAGGUUUUAAGCAAGACUGUCCGAACGGGAGGCUGACGCCGGCAAAAUUCGUCGAUAUGUACAAGAUGUUCUUUCCAUCUGGAAAUGCAGUCGAAUUCUGUGAUCAUGUGUUCCGCACAUUCGACAUGGACAAGAACGGCUAUAUAGAUUUUAAGGAAUUUCUGCAGGCGAUUCACGUUACAUCGAGUGGCACGCCUGAAGAAAAGCUUAAAUGGGCCUUCCGCAUGUAUGAUGUGGAUGGCAACGGAGUCAUUGACAUCCAGGAGAUGACCAAAAUUGUUCAGGCAAUCUACGAUAUGCUCGGCGCAUGUUCGAGUAACCGCCCCGCCGACUCCGCCGAAGAGCGUGCCAAGAACAUCUUCGCUAAAAUGGACGAAAACAAUGAUGGCCAGCUCACGCAAGACGAGUUCCUCAAAGGCUGUCUCCAGGACGAAGAGCUCUCCAAGAUGCUGGCCCCUUAAGUGGCUCCCGGCUCACACAUCCCGCGGUCCGGUCUCACCACCCACCCCUUCACUGUACCUCACGAUAACCCGACGGCGUGCUCCUGUAGACACGACAGCAAUCUAUGAGGCAUAAAGUAAUCCGGUUACACGAUUUAUCGUAACCGACACUCCUUUUUGGUGAGAGAUAUAUGUAUAGAGUACGGAUUAAAAACCAUUACUCAUUUGUAAAUAUUUUUCAUAAUUUAUGCACACUAUUUUAUGAACGCGGUUUAUUUUAACACAAUUGCGUGCUAUCCAGUCAAUUACUAAUGAUUUUUGAGAUUAAUUUUAUUUAUUGUUACAAAAUGUAUUUCUUAUCAACUCAUUUAGUAUUUGCAUAGCGACGUUUGUCUUUCGGAGAGUAAUUAUUAAGUGAUGUUUGUGUGGCUGUCGUGUCGGCAUGGUUAACUACGAAGUGUACACAGAAUCCGUGAUAAUUGACAUUGUAAGCGCAGCGGCCGCUAUUAUAGCGCGAAGUGCAGCCUUCGUUUUCAUUGGUAAAACCCGUCAUUAAAACAUGCUUACAUCCGAUAAACUCCCAUGAACGACGUGAUUAGUGGGAGAUAUUAUAAUGCUGAAGUAUAUUUAUAAGAGUAUACAAAUGAUCUCGAAUAAAAGAGAGAAGUUAAAUUAUUAGAAAUUAGAGGCGGUGAAUUUUAUCGAUAGCGAUAGCUGCGCUUCCUCAUUCACAUCAUCCACACCGAGCUUUUUCCAAUACGUGUUUACUAUAUAUUUGUGAAAAUAUAUUUGUACUUAGCGAAUAUUAAUGUAACGAACAUAAAGUCAAUGAAUUCUUGAAUAUUAAAAAAUAUUGAAAUGUCCAUUCCUAUUUGAUAAAGUUCAUGUAUGUGAACGGUAAUUGUAUAAGAAGUAUUACAUUUCUGUCGCUGUCGGACUGUCCUAUCCUAUAUUUAAAAAUAUUGUAUCCGAACCACUCACCUUUCGCAUAGGUCUAUCGCUCGUAGGUCACAUUCUACACUGUACAGCCUUGAUGCCCCUUGACACAUUUCUACUACCUAAUAUGUAUUUAGGAUCGAGCAGGCUCAGUGCCCGCUACCAACUUAAACUUACAUAUUAUACGUAUUUUGCUAUCAGUAGUCACGAUAUCUCCUAGGCCAACAAGAGAGGUUUGUGCUCAGUCGAGAGACUUGCAUGUAUGCACACGAGCAUGCAGCGCUGAAACAAACGUAACAGUUUUUUUUGGAGUCAUUACAAGAUGCAUCAUUAUAUUUAUUUGAAAGUAAAUCAAUGUUCAUAACGCCUGCUUUUGACUCUUUUACUCAAUUACAUUUCAAGUAUAAUUUCUGAUGAGUUUAGGUUAUUACUGGGUUUGGUUUUUGGGGAACUGUUUUAGUAUAAUCGAAGUGGAAUGCGCGAUAAUCGGCACACAAUCGUGCGUGGCGCUGUCAUCAAGUUAGGCUCUUAACUCACUUCGUUGCAGUUUUCGCAAACGGACUAUCCCAUUAUUAUUACUAUUUAUAGCCAUUUUUAAUAUUGUUGUAGUAUUCAAAGGUAUACAAUAAAAUAUCUGGCGAUACUUUUACCUUCUUGGUUGAUAACAUUGGUCAAAUUGUUUCCACACUACUGUGCCUUCUAGCUCUCUUUGUAAAUAGUUAUCAUUCAUUUUUCAUUCAUCAAUUUACUUUUUCCUUACGAAUGUUAACAUUUCACUUUAUUGCAUUUCAUAUUUUAUUAUUUACUUUUUUAGUUGAAAUAAUUUCUCGGGCUUUUACUUUUUGUAAAACAUUUAUUAGAUCCCGUGUUGAUCGUAGUUUUACCAACCAUUCGCAUUUGUAGCAAACAAGCAGAAUACAUAUACUCAUCCCCGCCUUCGGGGUGAUAAUGCUAGCAUAAGUAAAAUAUAGUACCUAGGUAAUGUACUUGUGAUUCCUUCAAUUCUUCUAUAAAGACAUGAGUGGUUGGCCAUAUUGUGAGUAUUACUCUUUUACUUAAACUAAGGGGUCGCAAUAUUUUAAACACGUUGAAACAGUUGUACGACUAAUUAUUAAUUGAGCUAAUGUUUCGUUUUAACCUUGAUUAUUUUAUUUUAAAUAGGCGCAAAUAACGGUUCAAAGUACAAAGUAAACGAACGCACAAAUUGCUAAGAAUGGCAACGGGAAGAACUCGCAUUACAGUUGAGAUGUUACUUCUAACCCCUAAACCAAUAAACCUGGUCUUUGCUGAUGAGGGCAAUCGUUUUUUAGACUGCCGAGUGGUAUCUGUUGAUGGGUCUCCUACACAAACAUAUAGACAUUGCUUUUUAUAAAAUUAUGUGAUUUUAUAAUAGGUAUUUACCGAAUUUGUAAUGAAUGGAUACAUAGUUCUAUGUAGUUGCCUAAGGCGCAUAUCGAAUGAGGAUUAUUUUUAUGAUAAUUUUAAUCUUAGUAGGUAUUCUUGUGCUUUUCAAUUCAAUAUCCCUGGGACAUGGAGUUGAACUACAUGUUAUGAAAUUAUAAUAACAUGAAAAUAUUUAUUCAUUAUUUAGUUAUAUGUACAGUCGCGAAUCGUACCUAUUUCAAAAACACAAGACGGUGGCUUUAAAAAUAGCAAUUCACCCAAAAGAUUCAGGAAACGCCCGUUUAGGAAACAUCAUACAAACCAUUAAAUCAACAAUGAUUGUAUUGAGAAACGGCCACCGGGUCUUUUGUAAAGAAUCUGUGUAGAAUUUUUUAUUUAAUACAUUCCAAUUACUUUGUAAGUCUGACAAUACUUUACUCGUUAUUACCUGUAACGUGUUCUGCGAGCAGCGCAUUAAAAUGUUCUUUCUAUACCUUGAGUGCUUGCUCCUACCGGGCAAUCAUUCUGAAUAUCAUGAGAUUUUACUGUAGUGUCUAUCAAGAUAAUCUAUGUCAUUAAAUUAAGUUUUUGUUGACGAAUCUAAUGUGGGUGUGUACCCUGUACCCCAUAAUAUCAUUAUCAUUAAUAAACCUAUCAUUUAAGUUUACUUUUAUUUCUGUACCGCCAGUUUCAAGUGCGGUAAUUAUGUUGAGUACGGCCUACGAAAAUGUUGUUUUUUUUUUGUCAUAUACUUCAACCGCUUUUUAUCACUUAAACUUUUUUUAUAUAGAAGUUCCUUUUAGCACGUGAUAUCUAUUUAGCUACGCUCAACAUUUUCUUACGUCGACUAUACCUCAAGAUGCAAGUUAAUAAACCAUGUUAUAGACGCUACAUACCUACAUAAUUAUGCUGUAGGAUAUUUUAUUCAACACAUCACCGAUGCAUGUGCAUCUUUUGUAUCAUUCAACCAUUACUUAAUAGUUUAGUAUUAAAGUCUUUUUUAGAAUUUACUUUCAAUGGUAUAACACAAAAAUGAAACGACUGAAUUUAUAAAACUAGGGAAGAGGGAUCAAUGAUACUCAUUCGGACCUGAAAAUAGCUCGCAGACAGGGUCUUGUGUAACAUAUCACAGUAUUAUUUAACCAUUGAUUUUAUUCUGAACGCUUUAUAAAAACCUGCGAUUCAAAAUCGUAUGUACACGCGCAGAUUCUCUCCAAUUAAGUUGCACACGCUCACUAGCGAAUUUACAUAGGAAUGAAUUAAUACAUAUCUCAUCAAUUGAGAAGUUACACUUCAAAUUUUUGGUCAAUUAGUGUCAUUACUCUGUUGUGUCAUUAUCGCGACCCAAGCUUAUGCGUCGGUGGUUAUAAUUGUAUUACAAAAACUAUUAAGUAGUCAGUAUUAGUAAUUAGCUGUAUGUACUUACUCGUCCCCACAUGACGACUUUUCUAUCUCGCCACUCACAGAGAUGUGUCGGUCAUCUUUAACUUACCUAAUAACUUGCACCUUUACAGCACGGAUCUAUUAAGAGCAUAUUUGUACUUAAUUAUAGAAUGUCUCAUUCUGUAGCAAUAUCUUAAUGUAUAACUUUGCUUUUCUUCUAUAUGCUUCAAAAUAUGAAUGUGCCAUGUAUGUUGCCAUAAAUAACGUAAGCCACAAUCGAAAACCAAAAGGGCGAUUGUUGAAUUAAUUUAGCACAUAACUACAGUAAGCACAUUUAAAUUAACUAAUAUUAAAAAAUGUAAACAUGUCGAAAACGCUACUCUGUGGACAUUUUGUUUAUGAUCUGUAGAAGUUCCGCGAGUGACGCGAGUCGAUUGGCGCGUCAUGAACCGAUAUAGUCCCUCUUUAUUAUGUGAUAA